UAAGUUACCUUUAGUUACAAGUAUUUAUGUAUAUUCAGACGCUCUACAUCACAAAAAUAAACCAACACCUAUAAAUAAUUCAAUUAAAAAUAGUCCUAAUAACUCUCAUACAAAUAGGCAAAGUCGUGUGACAACUAGAAAAAUAAUUUCAAACUCUAAAAAUAAAAACCAAAAAGUUAAUAACUCUCAUCUUGCACAAACAAACAAACCUACACAAAGAGUACCUCUAACGCAAACUACUAAAAAACCAGAAAUUAGAAAAGUUAUUACAAAAUGGAAGGACAACACAAAAUAUGAAGAUUUAGACUUUAGCUAUGAGACAACGUUAUCUAAAGAAGAUGAAAGUAAUAAAUUGACUUUUGUAAACACAGAAAGUUUUGAAGAACUGAGUAGUACUGAGACUAUAAUUGACUAUUCAACAGAAGUAUCAAAGAAAAAUCACCGUAAACCAAUUAAACUAUUACUUAAUAAGCUAAAAAAUAAAAUUAAUAGAAGACCAAAACCGCAAGAUUCCGAAGAAAUGCAAGUACAAUCUGAUAAUGUUUACGUUAUGGCCAACCACCCCUAUCCUUCUACAAGACCUAUUUAUGUGUUUAGUACUCCAAAGCCUACGCCAAUCAUUACUAACGUAGGAAACCCAAAACCGUGGUCCAGGCCGCCAAAUUUUCAAAUCGUUUACCAAAACCCUACUACACCGAGACCUGUCACAGUUACUAAACCGAUAAAAAAUCAUUAUAAUUAUCACAACCCAGUAUAUCACAACUAUCCACAGCACCCAAGUCAUGAAUUUGAGGUCACCACUUUCCAACCAGCAAAUGCGUACACAGACAGAAUAGUAAUUAGGCCGGAAGAAUAUGCCGCCUCACCCGAUGAAUGUCCCACAAUAUUUCUAACAUUAAACAAUACUUUUCAAGGGCAAGGAAAAGAGGCUUGCCCUGAUUUGAAUAUUGCUGUUAACACGAAUGUUAUUAACAAGAACGUUGUCGUUGAAUCAGAAGAAGAAGAAGAGACUGAUGGAAUAUUUUCAGACCCAUUUGGAAUACCGUUUGGUGAUGAAUCUGGUGAUGAGACAGGACACAAUGACCACAGCUAUGAGUCUGAAGAGAAUCAAGAGCAGGUAGAAAGCGCCUCGAUUGAAGGGCUGGCACUGACCAAUUACAACUCAGGUUCUGAAGCUGAAUCUGCUGAGCCUGGAGGCUAUGGAUCUCCGAGUUCAGUGUUAUCUUCAAUCUCUAAGCCGGGUCGUCCUCACAAGGACGAUGACGACACAUUCAGCUUAUCAUCUAUAAUACAAUUUUUCAAACCAGCCAUAAGUGCUUUAGGCUGGUUAGCUACAAUAAACCCCUUGAGUUUUGGAUUGUUCUCAAUACUGUUAGCACCUUUAGUGUUUCUGUUUGCAGGCACUUCAGGUAUAGCUGCAUUGUUUGCUCCUUGGGCUUUCUCAGCUCGACAAGCACCCAAAAUAGUCCAUGUUUAUCGACCUUAUUGGCAUUGGGAUGAUGACAUAAAAACAUGGCAUUUGCAUUCUUUUCCUAACAAUAGAAGAUGGAGUCCUAGCCUUCCUAGGGAUAGUGGUGAAGUGGAUAGUACAAAUUCAGGGUCUGCAAGACCGUCUACGUUUGAGAAAUUAAAAGACUUUAUGAAACUUACAACACACAUUUUGAGACAAAGUAAUAAUAAAACUCAAGUCUCAAUAAAUAAUAAUCGUAAAAAUAAGAGAAAGAAACGAGAAAGUUGGACGAUUCGUAUUAAAUAUUCUCUAACUAUACUUUUUCUCAUUUUCAGAAGUAGCAGUCCAGAACUUCAGGAGGCAACCAGCGUGAAGGAAGAUUCUUCAAAACCUGCAGACAUUUCAACCGUCCCGUCUGUUACAUCAGAAACCUCUCGAGAUGUUAAAAAUAAAGGACCAGUCAUACGAGACUCGAUCAAAAUGGUUGCUAACCAACUUCUUGAAAAACCUUCAAAUGCUUCAGUGGAUGCGCCAAUCGUACCAGAUACAAGAAUCCCACCAAAACUUAAGAAUCAACUGAGUCACAAGCAUAAAAUUAAAACAAGAAAUGAAGAUGGAGAUGUACCCGUGGAUAAUGCUCAUGCUGGUGUCGCUGUUCCCAUGAGCAUGGAAGAAUUAGAAUCCGAAAAUAAAGUGAGUGAAUCAUCAACUACUAAUGAAGGCAUUUCCACUUGGAUACUUCUCAGCAAUCCUUCAAGCAAAGAAAAUGACACAGUUUCUACCGAACCCACUAAAAUUGAUGAUAGUCAAAAGAAGCAAAAGCCUGUCGUAUUUAAAAAUAAAACAAAAAGACCACAAACUACCAAGGUUAAUAGCGGAAAACGGCCAGUCAUUGGAAGCACCAACAAGUCUGACUUGGUUGCUAGCGGUUCAGCUAUAAAUGAGAAUGUGUUUAAUAAAAUCAAAGAUACAGUUUUGUCAAAUGUACAGAAAAAUAAGAGUACCCCUACGCAACGCACAACUACAGUUAUAACUACAACUACAUCUACCACAACAACUGAAAUUCCAACUACAAGAAGAGAAACUGCUACUAAAGCUCCAGCAGCAAUCAUUCCAGUAGUGAAAGUCACUUCAAAGCCAUCCACGAAGAAAAACAAGAAUAAGCCAAAGACUUCCACUACUCCAGCUCCCAUUCAAGAGUCAGCUUUACUACCUAUGGAACCUAAAGAACAAGAAAUUGAACUUGAAGUUAAUAUGCCAGUAACAACAACUAAGAAGCCUAAACGGACCUCUACCAAAAAGAAGAAUAAGACAAAAAAACGCAAAACCUCCAAACCUAAGCCAGAAGCAGAAACAGCUGUUAGUGAAAUUAAAACAACUGCAAACAAAACAAAAUCUGUAAAGCCAUCGAAAAAACCCAGCACACAAAGUGGACCAAUAACGACACAAAUCUACAAUUACUUUUCUAGAGAAGUAAUGCCCUCUGUUGGUGUUGGUGUUAUAGGUUUAGCUAGCUUAGUAGGAUUAGCUAGCUAUUUCUUAUACCCAUUCUCAACGCCCGUAAGGCGCACAUUCGAAGUUGAUAAAAGAGAUGACCUGUACAAAAAUAACGCAGAAGAAUAUGCAAAUGAAGGCAAUGGUCAAGCAGAAGAAGAAAUGCUUGGGACUGUUCUUGCAGGAAUGCCGGCUCAUUCAAAGCAGAAACUGAACCCCUAUGCCGGCCAGACACAUGUAAGUGUAAGCAGAUACCCUGUGAAGAAAGAGCAAGACAUCAGAUACCGACAUGUAGCGACGACAAGUUACGAACCAAAUUACAAUGUACAUUAUCCUCAGCAAAAGACUGGUAUCGCCCAUGGCGCUGUGUAUUCAAAGCCAAUAAACUACGGGCCUCAGCAAUAUGAUACAAGAAACGUAUAUACGACUGAAAGCAAAUACGUUUAUGAUAAGGCACCAAAUGCUUACACUCCUUAUCCCGCUGUAGAGCCAAUUUAUACAGCGCCUCAAACAGGACCAUCAGCAGUUUCAUCGUAUGGAAAUGACGCAUCUAAUUCAGUAGUUUAUGGCGUAAAGCCAUCAGCAGACAGUGAUUUCAGACCCGUUUAUCCAUUUGAAGGGAAAAUUUACAGUGAAACCACCAGCAACCCAAUGACGUAUCCACCAACAUCAAUGUAUUUAGGAUCGAAUAAUGAAGAACAGCAGGAAGACACGCAGUACGAAGAAAAUGCAAAUACUAGUCCCGACGCUGUAGACAAUAAGUUUGUCGUUGGUAACGUACCCAAAGAACUAGUAGAGUCUGCAACUCCCGCGGUAGUGCCUGAACAUGGUCCAAGAAACUUGAGGAAGAGAAGACAUGCCGUUUUUCGUAAGCGAGCAAUCACUGGAUCUAUUGAGGAAAUGUUAAAAGAAGCUAAUAAGGACAUUUUUAUUAGCAACGAAAUCGAUGAAAACCCCGGUCAACUCAUAAGGAACCUGGCCCCAGCCACAGAAGCAGCACCUAUUAAAAACGAAGUGACUACAACACCGGAAGCUAAAGACGUGUAUACUGUCUACGCAAUGUCUGUUGAUCCUACUAAAGAUGAAAAAUCUGUCACUGAAGGAACUCCAACACAGGAUGUUUUAAUUGAGAACGUAUCAACAUUGCCUAUAAACAAUGAUAAAACCGAGACAGAAAUGUCAAAUGAUUUGGAAGUCACAACCAAAGCUUUUAGAGUUUACGAAGUGUUUACAAACAACCCAACAGAAAGUGAAAAACUACAAACGGGUAAAGAUGAAUCUGGUAAAAUUGAUACGACAACCCAAUUCAAAAACAUGAUGACGGAAACGACUACAGAGUUCAAGUCGGAGACAACGUCUACUAUGCCACCUUCACCGUCACCUAUUUCUGAGACCAAACUACCGUCUUCUCCCUCAAAAAGACCUCGACCAACUCUGCAUCCUGAGGUGAUAACUUAUCCCCCAUUGAACCAGGAAGGUGGUUUCUUUUCGUUCCUCAAACGGCUAGUAGAGUUCAAAUACAGGCUUGGACUGAGCAUUUUGCAGACGACUUCUGACAAUCUGAACAGAUACCUUCGCAGUAUGGAAGACACAGUACAGAAAGUAGCCAAGGCUUCCCAUUGAGUUCAUAAUAUAUUAGAAUAGGCUUAUGUUGAUACUCACCGACUUAAUUUCAUACUCAUAAUGACAUCAAAAUCAUCAAUAAGUAGGUAUUAUUACAAUUUAUGUCGAAUGGAAGUGAAUACUAUGAAAAGUUAAUACACUUUACAUUCAUCUUGCAAAAUGACAUUCAUUCAUGAUCAUUGAACACUUAGCAGAUUAAUAUUAAGGUCAUAUAAAAUGUGUGUAAGAAAAUACAAAUUAUAUUUUCAGAACGUUAUCCUCGGUCAGAAAAUUGAGGGAAACCUACUGAAUUUAUAUUGUGAUAAUUUUAAAAUAUUUAAGUUUAAUUAAGAUCGCAUUUUUCGCAGUACUAACUAGGUGUUGAAAAAAAUUGCUAAUUUGUUGGUAUUUCUGUGGAAACGCGCGGGGUGCUUAAUGUAUGUAUUUAAAAUAAAAUCUGUCAUUUUUAUACGUUUUGUAAAUACAUAAAUAAAUGAUUUUCACAUA